AUGCCUGGUGCAGACAGAAGAGAGAUGCAAGAGAAGCAACUUCUGAACCACGCUGCUGCUAAGGAGCAAAGACCGUUACCUGGGAGAAGCAACCGUGCUGGAAACCUAUCUCAGUCUGAGAAGAAGCUCCAAGAGGCUAUUUGUGUGCUGCUGGUGGAGCUGUGUGAGAGAUUCACGUUCUUUGGCAUUGUCUGCAACAUGAUCCUCUUCUGCACUGUCAAACUUGGCUAUCGCAACUACCAGGCAGCCAUUGUCAAUAUGUGCUUCGUGGGCACCUCCAUGCUGACGCCGGUGCUGGCUGGUUGGCUUGCCGAAUGCCUCGUGGGGAGGAUCAAGCUUGUCUGCGUCUGCAUGUUUCUGCACUUCCUAGGCACAGCCCUAUUGCCUGUUGUGGCAUUCCCCUUUGAAGAUAUUUACAUUGACAGACGACAUAUUCUUCACACACUAACCAAAAGGGAGCAGAAAAUAGUAUUCUACUUUGCACUACUCACAGCUAGUCUGGGAAUAGGAGGCGUCAGAGCUAUAGUUUGUCCGUUAAGUGCAUACAACCUCGAGGACUGUGGACCGAAGGAACUUCUUUCUUUUUUCAACUGGUUUUAUUGGCUGAUUAACUUAAAUUCAGCAGUUGUCUUUGUCAGCAUUUCUUAUAUCCAGCAGUCUGUGGCCAGGAACCUUGGUUUUCUUAUCCCGUUUGUGUCCAUCCUUAUGGCAAUGAUCACAAUUCACAUGCUGCGUGGUGAAAUGAUUUACAAACCCAAAACAGAUAGUUCCCUGCUGACGACUUUUGGGGUAAUUGCUAGUGCACUGAGAACGUGCUGCGUGCGAUACCGCUACUUUAGCGGAGGCGUGACAAACUGGCUGGAUCAUGCCAAGGAAAACUACGGCGGUCAGUACAGUGAGACUCAGGUGGAAAGCACGAAGUCGCUUGCCAGGCUCUUCCCAUUCUUUGCUUUCCAAAUUCUAUACAGAACAUGUAUUAUGCAGAUUCCUUCAGGAUAUUAUCUCCAAACCAUGAAUUCCAACUUGCAUUUCAGUGGAUUUGUCUUGCCAGUUGCAGCAAUGAAUGUGAUAAGCAUCGUGCCACUACUGAUUCUUGUUCCUAUUUUGGAAUGCAUUAAUUCCUGCCUGUUUAGUUCCAAGAGCAGUGGACAUUAUGCAACAAUUUACAUUGUUGUAGGUCAGUUAUCUGCUGCACUUUCCGUGAUGGUUGCUGGCUUCUCUGAAAUACACCGAAAGCAUUUCCCUCAGGUGGAGCAGACGCUUUCCGAGGAGGUUCUCCUGGUCUCCUCCAUGCCUUGCUUCCACUUAGCUCCUCAGUACAUCCUACUUGGAGUAGCUGAAGCCUUGGUAACUCCCUCCUGUUCCUUACUUUCAUUCCGGCUUGUGCCAGAAAGAAUUAGAGGGAUUUCCAUGCAUUUUUUAACUCUCUUUAAUGGAGCUGGCUGCUUUAUGGGAGCUUUCUUUGUUCAGACAGCCCACGCAGGCACUCAAGGCAACUGGUUUCCACACUUGCUGCAUGAAGGUAAAUUGGAGAGAUUCUUCUUCUUCUUGGCUUCCUUAAUGAUGGUGAACACCCUGGGGUUCUGGACCAUUGCACACAGAUACAACAAUCUGAAUCGGGAUUACACAAGUGAAUUCAGAGGAAGUCUUCCUGAAGAAAAACUUUUGAAGCAUGAAAAAGCCAUCAAGCAUUAUGAUAGCGUCCUGGAAAGUUCUCCCAUUUUGUCUCCUAUGGAGAAAACCUGA